GCUGCAUGUGUUCAAGGUGCCUUUGAUGUGUGUGCAGCAGCUUCUGUAAAGUGGACUGCAGCUUUCCCACUCGUCAGCCCUCCCUCUCCCCCACCCUUCCCAACCUCCCCUCCCACCGCCGCCACUUCAGCCCACACACGCAAUUUGUUUGAGAAGGGGAAAGGGGAAAAAAAAAAAGUGGUGAAAUGAACAAGAAGUGGUGAAUUACCCAAGCGACUUUCUCAAAGGGCGAGCGCGCCGGGAAGAGGAGCUGCGGCCAGCCCCGCGCAGCCCGCCCGCCGCUCCGGAGCCGCUCGGGAGGGACCCGCUGGGCACCCACCGGGGACUGUGGGGGCUGCGCGGCUGGCGGGGCGUGAACGCCGCUCUGCAGCGCGAUGCGAAAAGCCUUGCCUGCUGCCGUGUGACUUGCGAUUCCGGCUCCUCACUAGAAUGCAAACCCUGGCACAGGAUGAAAACAGGUCAUUCUUCCAGAAUGCCAGAGGAAAGUUCGCCAAAGCGGAGUCCUCAAAACAUCCCAUACAAGGACCUGCCCCAUAUCAUCAAUGCUGAUGGGCAGCAUCUCUUCUGCAGGUAUUGGAAACCAGCAGCAACUCCCAGGGCCCUCGUGUUUAUCGCUCAUGGUGCUGGGGAACACUGCGGCCGCUAUGAUGACUUGGCCCAGAGGCUGACAGAACUUAACUUGUUUGUUUUUGCCCAUGACCAUGUUGGCCAUGGGCAGAGCGAGGGUGACCGUAUGGUUGUCUCAGAUUUCCACAUCUUCAUCAGGGACAGCUUGCAGCACAUUGAUCUCAUGAAGAAAGAACACCCUGAGCUGCCCAUUCUCAUUCUGGGGCACUCCAUGGGGGGAGCCAUCUCCAUUCUGACAGCUAGUGAGAGACCCAGUGAGUUUUCAGGCAUGCUGUUAAUCUCUCCUUUAGUGGUAGCCAGCCCAGAAGUCGCCACUCCCAUCAAGAUUUUUGCAGCGAAAGUGCUCAACUUUGUUCUCCCAAACCUGUCACUGGGGUCAAUAGAUCCAAAUGCAAUUUCCCGGAACAAGAAGGAGAUGGAGUCUUAUACAUCUGAUCCCUUGGUCUACCAUGGCGGCAUGAAGGUGUCCUUCGUCAUCCAGCUGAUGAAUGCCAUUGCCAGAAUUGAGCGAGCUCUGCCUAAGUUGACUUUGCCCAUCCUGGUGCUACAUGGCUCUUCUGACAAGCUCUGUGACAUCAGAGGGUCCCAUUUACUGAUGGACACAGUGAAGAGCCAGGACAAAACGCUCAAGGUGUAUGAGGAAGCCUAUCAUGCCCUGCACAAAGAGCUGCCCGAGGUCUCUACCUCUGUCUUCACAGAAAUACUAACGUGGAUUGGCCAGAAGGUCUCAGCAGCUGAGGAAUCCAGCCAUAUUUAAGAGCAAUUGGUUUUGCAGCUUUCCCUGGGGUUUCAUGGGAACAGAUGCUUUUCUUAAUAGAAGUUGCUCUGAAAAAGAUGCAAUGUGGGGGGACUCUUGGGAUAUUUUAUCAGGCAUAGCCUAAGGCAGGGUGGGGGGGAGAGGCGCAGGGUGGGGCAUUGUUUGCUGAUGUAAAUCACCGUUGCCCUAAUUGACAGCUUUCUAGGUCGGGUGACUUUACUGAAACGCCCCUCACCCACCACCCUUCCCUCACCGCUUCCCCUUCUCUGCUUUCGCUGGGGUGACAGGGGUGCAUUUAUACUGCAAUAAUUUUUAGUAUGGUAAAGAAGUCAGUAUCUUCCACUUGAUGGUUUUGAUUCCAGGGGCAUACAGUACCUUUCCUGUCCCCACCAGCCAGUACCUUAAAAGCUCUGGUCCUUGAGAGGAGAGCAGUAACAAAGGUGCUGGGUAAUGAGAAGAAGCUAAAGAUGGAGCUGACACCUCCCUGAAGGUGAAGGGCUGGUUUCCAAGGUCAGACCCCUUUGGAUACUGUCUUGAUAUGCAGGCCAGGCCAAGGGAGAGCAUCAAGACAGCCUCCCCUGCUGCUCUGCAUGUCCUCUGCGAGGUUGCACUCAAAGAAAGCAUGCUGAACAGCUCUUUCAUUUUCAUCAUCAGAGCAAAUCCCAGAAGGGAAAGGAAGAAUGUGGAAUCAAACCCACUUAGCACAUUCAAAAACCAUGCUUUUCCCCAUGCCAAACCUCAUCUCCUCUGCAAAAUGAGCUACUCUGUAAAUAUUCCUAGGGGCUGCUUUUUUUCCUUCCCUUUUUUUUUUCCCUUUCUUUUUCAUUUUUUGUUUCUUUUUUGAAUUAAUCACUUGUGCUACUGAAACUGAAAAUGCAAAGUCAAAGUUAUAAGAGAAUAUAGUAAUAUAAUAUAUGAUGUAUAUAAAGGUGGCUGGAAGUUGGAGAAAAAAAAAAUGGGAGGAGAGUCUAAAGAAGGGGUUGAUAGUUCCUUCUCUUGGCAAGGAAUAAUGUUUUUCUGCCUGAAUCCAGUCCUCUGAACGUAACUUUGCAGUCAUAAUCUGUUGUUUUCCUUCAUCAGUUGGAAAAUGUCCUGAAAAUAACGCUAGAGAGAAGUGCAGAGCAUCUGGUGGGUGGGGAUUAGCAGUGGGUGUCCUUAUGGUCCACCAGUUUAACAGGAGACCCACAGUGUGAACAGAGAUCCUGUCCAAGCUCAUCCCAGUCUCCUCCAAGUCAGCACUGCCAAAUCUGGGGCUAAGCAGAGGGGCUGAGCUCACCCCUUUAGAUAACAGGGGGAGCCAAACACAGAGUAUAGUGUGCAAUCAUCCAUCCAAUGUCUGCUUUGCUGCACUGGGGGGCAUCCGGGACACUGGUGUACAAGCUGCCACAGGGGAGCUUGUGAGCUGGUCCAGUGGUGCAGACAAGCCAAAUUCUAGAGCUGCCUGGAUCUCUGAUAGAAGCAAGGUGAAAAGAGAGACUUUUUACAGGUGGUUAUGAGGCAGAGGUACCAUAGUGCCACACUAAAAGCUGUCUGAUGAGCACAGCAUGGCUCUCUGGGUCAGUUUGUGCAGGGUAGUGGCUCUAAGAAUACACUCAGCACUGGCCACUGCAGUUUAACCUGUGCUUCUCCCUCCAAUUUUGCAAGAAGAAAAUACCUGCAAGCAUUGUGUAAUGGGAGAAUGGGACAUCUUCCCCAGUGAGAAACCAGCCCCUUUUUGCCUUGCCUGCCAGCAAGAAACCAUUGCUGGGACUUGAGCCACCAUGCCCAGGGCUGGAUCCCUCCUGCAGCAGUCACAAGGAACCAUCCACCUCUCCUCCCUUUGAAACCAGUCCUGGCCAGAUUCAGGAAAGGAGCCCCUCUGCAAUAACAGUGAGAACUAGGACUUGGUCUUAUUUAGUUCCAGCAGCAGGAGUGGAUGAAAGGUAUGUGGAUGCAGGUUUUGUCCUUGGAAAGUUACCCAGGUUGAUCCAGCCACUUUUACACUUGUAUUUUCUUGCCUUUAAAGAGAGGAAUGAGCUGUAGUUCUCCCAGCAAUGCCAGCUUUUGAUUCAGAUAGUAUUCCAGUGCAAUCAGCUGUUCUCACUAACCCCUGCUAAACCUCUGGUGACACUUGCUCUGGGAAGGAGGCAAUGCGCAGGUCAUCUGCUCUACGUAUCCCAGCAGCCUGGCUUGUUGCAAUUUCUUUUCCCUUCACAAAAUCCCUCCUUGCCAGAUGCUGCUAGGGAAAGACAGCAAAAAGUGAAACACUAGAGCAGUGAUAAAUCUCACCUGCUUCUUCAGCUGGAAGGAGAAUCAAGUAGGUGUGAUCCAGUGGUGACAGACGUUGUUGGGGUAGUAGCAAGAUGAUGACUUAAGGAUGGGAUUUUGAAAGCACUUUUCCCGAGGAAGUCAGGAGGAGUAAAUCAAUACCCACAUUCUUUAAAUCCCUUCCCAAAUUGACAAGCACUUUGUGGGGGUGGAGGGAAGUGACCCUGCAUCAGGAAGGUCAGAGCCCGUCUGCUCCCUCCAACCUGGCUUCAGGCAGAGGAAAGUCUAUGAUCAGUGCCUUUGCUAAAAUGUGUCCUUUCAAGAAACAUCUGCAGCUCUGCAGAAAUAAGAGGAAACCAAUUACAGUGGUCUAGGGAAGACUUGCUCCUCUGUCUAGCUAAGCUCAGCCAUGGCACAUGGCCUGGGGAAGCCACGUUUGAAACUCAGGCUAGCAAACAGUUGAGAGAUGAAGAGCAACACAAAAGCCAAAUAAGCCCCAAGUGUGGGCACAGCAUGGUUCACUGCCACACUCAGCCAGUUUUUUGAAGAGUUACCAUCUUCUGAGGCCAUUAACACAGGGAAACUCUCCCCCAAAAAGCCUGGAAGGCUGUCUGCCCCUGGCAGCACACCCCCUCCAGGCAGGCUGAAUAGCAGAGAGGGAGCAGCAAGGGUGCAUGAGUGCAGUGGGAGGGGGCCAGGGGCAAACCAGCCUGGGUCCGUUGAGGCACCAGUUUGUGGCAGCCGUGGGUCAGGCUGCACACUUCAGCGCUCACUGCUGUUGUUGAUACUUUACUCUGCCUGUAAGCUACUUUAUAUUGACCCAGUUAGGUUUCACCGUGCCCCAGAGGAAUUCUUCCUUCCCUGACCAGAUUAGCAAAGAGCAGAGCUGCUGCCAAGGGAAAUGUAAUUAAACUAUUUUCAGCUGGCAGAUCCCCUUCGCAGAGAGCACAGCCAGCCUUACGAAUGUUGCUGUGCAGAGCCACGCCAGAGACUGCUCUGCCUCUGAGAACAGGUGGCCCUCAUGACUGAGCAAUAGCAAUGUGUAACUACUGUACAGAUCAUCACCUGUAGCACUGACAGGCCCUCUCCCCACUGCCUAACCCAUCAGAGUUUCUAAGUUAGCCUGUUCUUUUUACACCGCUCACCUUAGUGCACUGCCAGCACAAGCCCAUGGAGAUCACAUUUACUUUUCCAAGUAAUUUCUGAGCUUGUCUCUCUUGUUCUGUUGUGUUCCAGUUCAAUAAAAUACAUUUAUAUAUAUAUAAAUACAUAUAUAAAAGCAUAUAUACAUACACAUGUAUUUUCAGUGGGAGAAAAAAAACAAACAUAAACAGGUUUAGGAUUCUUAAAGGAAUGCAAUGGAUAUUGCAACUAAUAAUAAAGUUAUGUUUUCUGAA